AGCAAGCUCAAAGUAGAAAGCGGUGAGAUUUGGUGUUAUGCAUUCUGCCAUCGCCUGGUAUGAUGGUCUCUGUAGCGCUUACCAUUACCAUUACCAUUACCAUUGACCUUGACCCUAAAGUCCGGAUAUAUGGAAGCGGUAAUGAGCCCGUUGACUCACAUUUCGGUAGAACCAUGAUGAUUCUCUUCCCUCAUCAAUGCAUACUCGAAACAACAUGUACGGCUUGGACCACCGCAAUGACCCAAUAUCGCAUCAUACCAUGAGCCAGGCCAUCGUCAUGCGGCACGAUGCCGACAAAUAUUUUUUCAAUCAGAGACUUGUUACUCAUAGUGCGUAUCCUCAUGCGCUCUGCUAAUAUCCAGCGCGCUACGCGAUUAGCCUACUGACACCUCUACCCAAUUCAUCAUGCCAUUCUGGUCUCGGAAGGGGUCAAAGACCAAAGCGGCGGACAGCUCCAAGCCAGUGGACAAGCCCGAGUCCGUGUCCAGGGAGGAAGAAUGCAGGGAAAGGUACAACUACGCGAGGAACCGGUAUCGUCGACUGGUUCCCACUGACACCGUUUAUAAAACCCGUGAACAAAAAGAGGUCGAGGAAUGGGCCGAACAAUACACCAAAGAGGCAGCACUGGGCAUCCUCAUCCUCCAGCGCCUACAUCGUCUGCAGUUGCUCGGGUCUCUCACGUCAGAAAGGCUCCGCCGGCACGGGGAAACUCUCACCAAAGUGAACGACAGCACGCCACCACCGGCUUACAGUAAGCCGGCGCAGGGGCAUCCUCACCUGGAAGCAGAGGUAAUCGAGCUCCGCAGAGACUACUGGAGGCAUCAACUUCGGUUGCAGGGCGAGUAUCGACGGCGUCCACAUCCGGCAAGUCCACGCAUGGAGCUGUUUCUGGUCGGCCAUGAAUAUAAGAAUCAGUAUGGCCAGCCGUACGAAUUCGUGGACUCGCAACAGGAAUGUGCCAAUGCAGGGGGCUGCUGCGCACGGUCGUGCGGGUGUUGUCAGAGGGGGCUUUAUGCCAUAGAAGCCAAGAAGGAUCGAACGAGCCCCGUCUACGGCCACUGCACUCUGGAGUGCGCUUGCUGUAUCCAGUUUCGUGAGUGUUAUGUGCCUGAUGAGCGUCUGUCGCCUCCGAAGACCAGGCCUCUGCUCAGAUGAAGUUGUCUUGUGUAUAGGGCUCUGUAUUGGGUGCUCUCUUCCCCUCAAUCGUUCGUGGCCCUUUCUUUUUUCUAUCAAAUAGCUUACAAUCGGUCCCAUCAUGUCGAUGACCCAUCCCAUUUCUAUUUAAUCUCUCUUCAGCCUGUUAUCAACUAUUCUUGAACUUUCUGCGACCCUUCUUCAAGCCCUCUUC